AUGUGGCUUGGGUUCCUCGGGCUGCUGACCCUGUCAGAGUGCCUUGCCAUAAUUCCUCUAACGAAGAUCAGGCCCAUGGGAGAAAUCUUCAAGGAGAAAAACAUGCUGAAAAAUUUCCUAGAGGAGAACACAGAGAACAUGUCGCAGAUUGCCACUGAUGACCCAAAUCAUACUCUUCAACCCACAAGGAACUACAUGGAUAUGUUCUAUGUUGGCACCAUCACCAUUGGAACACCCCCUCAGGAAUUCAGGAUCCUCUUUGAUACUGGCUCAUCUGACUUGUGGGUGCACUCCACCUACUGCUCCAGUAUCUCCUGCCGUGCACACAAGCUCUUCAACCCUCGUUUAUCCACCAGCUUCCGGCGUUCCGAGCGGCCCUUUGACAUCAAAUACAUCUCUGCGAGGAUUGUUGGAAUUCUUGGCUAUGAUAUCGUUCGGAUUGGGAGUCUUGUCAACACUGUCCAGGUAUUUGGCAUGAGCAAGAAACAGACUGGGUUGAAUUACAAAACUUUUGAUGGUAUCCUGGGCCUGGGCUUCCCCAGCCUCGCCAUACUAGGGACCACCCCUGUCUUCGACAACCUGAAGAGACGAGGCAUCAUUUCUGACCCUGUCUUUGCCUUCUACUUGAGCACCAGGAAGCAGAAUGGCAGCAUGCUGAUGAUUGGUGGGGUGGACCACAGGUACCACAAAGGAGAGCUCAAGUGGAUACCAGUGCCCCAAACCCUCUUCUGGCAGAUGAUCAUGAACCACAUCAUCAUGAAUGGGACGGUUGUUGGUUGUUUCCAAGGCUGCCGGGCCAUUCUGGAUACCGGGGCUGUGUUGCUGGCUGGCCCAACUAGAGUGGUCACCACCAUCCACAAGCUCAUCAGUGCCAAGCGUGCUGGUAAAGAGUACCAGGUUCCAUGCGAUAGCAUCAGGAGCCUGCCUACUCUCAUCUUCAACAUCAAUGGCAAUGACUACCCAGUGCCCGCUGAAGCCUACAUCUGGAAGAGUCCUCUGGGCAACUGUUUCAGCAACUUUCAAGGGGGCACAGAGAAGUGGGCCAAAUCGGAGUCCUGGGUCCUGGGUAACAUCUUUAUGAGGCUGUAUUUCUCAGUUUUUGAUCGCGGAAACCGAAGGAUUGGCUUGGCUCCUGCAGUGUAA